AAUUUGAGUUUUUUUAGGGUUUAGUUGAAUUUCGAUGCACAUUAGGGAUUUGGAUAGUAGUGAUUAGCCUAUGAAAGUUUUGAUCUUUUUCUGUUUUGGUUUGGUUUUGUUGAAUUUUUCUUUAAUUUCUUGUUUAUCAAGUUAUAGGUAGCGUUUUUUUUUGUGAAGUACCGUUUUUUUUUUAAAUUUAGCUGUAGUUCCUUGUUUAUGAAGUUAUUUAGUUGGUGCUUGAAGCAAAAAGGUAAUUAAGGAGAUUGUGUGUGGAAUUAAGUUUUAUUUUUAAUGUUUUAUAGGGUUGCAGGAGCUAAAUCUGCGAAUUAGGGCUUCAUAUGUGUGGAUUUGGCUUAAAUCUGUUGUUUUUUUGAAGCAGGAGUGAGCAUUUAUGAUCUCUGAAAUUGUUUAUGAAGUUAUUUAGAUGGUGCUUGAAGCAAAAAAGUAACUAAGGAUUGUGCGUUUAAUUAUUAUUUUUAAUUGUUUUAUAUGUUUACAGGAGGUAAUUAUGUGAAUUAGGGCUAUUUUUUAUUUUGGUGAAUUUGGCUUAAAUGUGUUGUAUUCUGAAGCAGGAGUAAGCUUUUAUGAUCUUUGAAGUGUGCUCCAUAAUUUGUUGAUUUAGAAAUUUAUUGUUUUAAUUGUUUGUCAGGUCGUUUGUAACUUGCAUUUGUGAAGAGUUCGUUUGGUUUGUUAAGGUGGUUGAGUUUGUUUCCUGUGGUUAGAAGGUUGAAAGCAAGAGGCUUGAUUUUUUAGUUGUUGAAAUGGAUUAUGAGCUUUCCGAUAGUAGUGGAUGUCAAGGGUUUUUUCAUGGAAACUUACUACUCCAGGCAUGGAUGGGUGAGGUUGAGGUGGGUUCGAGUCUAAAACAAUGCCAACAACAGAAAGGGGCAGCUGUCUGUAUUUCUUGGAAGGAAUCUCUGUAAACCAAACCAUAAACCAGGAACUGAUGAUGACCUUCCACCAACACAUCGAAAUAGAUUCCAAAGUGGGGUGCGAACUGCUGGAAAUGGAAGAUCUGCAGUUGGUGGUGGUGCUUCACAGCCAAGUUUGCAUAGUGACAUGGAAACUCAAAUCCACAAUAUUGAACAAGAAGCAUAUACUUCAGUCUUGCGAGCCUUUAAAGCCCAGUCAGAUGCCAUUACUUGGGAAAAGGAAAGCCUAAUUACAGAACUCAGAAAAGAACUAAGAGUUUCAGAUGAGGAGCACAGGGAGCUCCUAGCUAGGGUUAAUGCUGAUGAUAUUAUCCGGAGGAUAAGGGAAUGGAGAAAGGCAAAUGGGAUCCAACCUAGCAUGCCAAGCACCACCCAGCCUUCUCACAACCCUAUAGCUAGUCCUUCUGCUUCAGGAUCACGCAAGAAACAGAAAACAUCGCAGUCAGUCGCCUCAUUGUCCAUGGGUGCACCUUCUCCUGUAUUGCAUCCAUCUAUGCAACAAUCUACAUCAGCCCUGAGACAUGGCCCUCCUCCUGGAUCUGGGAACAAGAAGCCCAAAUCAUCCAUGCAGCAAUGUUCUACAGGUUUGUCUGGCAGGGCACAAGUUGCUAACCAUGGCUCUUCAGGUGCCUUUGCAGCCAAUGAUUUAAUUGGAAAGAAAGUUUGGACUCUAUGGCCAGAGGAUAACCACUACUAUGAAGCUGUUAUAACUGACUACAAUGCAGUUGAGGGGAGGCAUGCUUUGGUUUAUGAUAUUAAUACAGGGGAUGAAACGUGGGAAUGGGUCAAUCUCAAAGAGAUAUCUCCUGGAGAUAUUAGGUGGGAGGAUGAGGAAACUGGACUUUUCCGUAGAGGUGGCCGGCCUGGACCAGGCCGUGGGAAUAAGAAAUCAAUUGCACGUGGUGGCGCUGUUGCUGCUGCAGGAAGAGGUAGAGGAACCAUAAAGGGUCAAUCCAAAAAAGAUUUCUCUUUAACCAAGAAUGGCGUUGCGAAGAAAGCUAUGGGUGAUAUUGAGAUACUUCACACAGAUACUCUAAUAAAGGAGGUAGAAAAAGUUUUUGGUGCUAGCCAUCCUGAUCCUUUGGAAAUUGAGAAAGCAAAGAAAGUUCUAAGAGAACAAGAACAAGCCCUGGUCAAAGCAAUUGCGAGGCUUGAAGAUGCAUUGGAUGGUCAAAGCGAUGAGGGAGAACAUCCGCUUCCCCAUAUUCAAUCAAGGGACCAGAAUCGGGGAUGGAGAAAACGGCCGUAUGAUGAGAUUGUUGGUGAAGGUAGAGGAAUCAAAGGCUCAGGUGGCAACAAAAUGGCAAGAAAUGGUAGAAUUGUUCCUAGUGAUCAUCAUGAUGAGAAUUAUGACAUGUGACUAUUAGGCUUAUUAGCAACUAGUGGCCCUGACUUGUAUUAUAGCUUUCUCUAAUUUUAUGACCAGCAAAGAGCAUGACAAUUCCUUGGCUAAUUGUCUAUUGGCUAGUGGAAGCAGUAGGUUUGAUUCCAGUGUAUGUUUUGUUUCAUUGAAUUAUGAAAUAUUGAUGUAAAUUAUUUUAACAGAAACUUCUGAAUAUGUAAAAAUGGCAGAAAAAAUCUCUCUCGUCAA